AUGGAGAGCGAGCGCGACAUGUACCGCCAGUUCCAGGACUGGUGCCUCAGGACUUACGGGGACUCAGGCAAGACCAAGACGGUGACCCGUAAGAAAUACGAGCGGAUCGUCCAGCUCCUCAACGGCUCCGAGUCGAGCUCCACGGACAACGCCAAAUUUAAAUUCUGGGUCAAAUCGAAGGGCUUCCAGCUGGGCCAGCCGGACGAGGUCCGCGGGGGCGGCGGCUGUGCCAAGCAAGUGCUUUACGUGCCGGUCAAGACCACGGACUUGGUGGGCCCUGAAAAGGAGUUUGGAUUGAGAAGGUUAAUGUGAUUAGAAGAUUUCUUUGACAUUAUCUAUUCGAUGCAUGUGGAAACAGGGCCAAAUGGAGAACAAAUUCGGAAACAUGCUGGACAAAAGAGAACUUACAAAGCAAUUUCAGAGAGCUAUGCCUUCUUACCAAGAGAAGCGGUGACACGGUUUCUAAUGAGCUGCUCAGAGUGCCAGAAAAGAAUGCAUUUAAACCCAGAUGGAACAGAUCACAAAGAUAAUGGAAAACCUCCGACUUUGGUGACCAGCAUGAUCGACUACAACAUGCCAAUUACCAUGGCCUACAUGAAGCACAUGAAGUUGCAGCUGCUGAACUCACAGCAAGAUGAGGAUGAAAGUUCAAUAGAAAGCGAUGAAUUUGAUAUGAGCGAUUCAACACGGAUGUCAGCCGUGAACUCUGAUCUUAGCUCCAAUCUUGAGGAGAGAAUGCAGAGUCCUCAGGCUCUUCAUGGGCAGCAAGAUGAUGAUUCUGCUGCAGAGAGCUUUAAUGGCAAUGAAACUCUGGGGCACAGUUCAAUUGCUUCAGGGGGAACACACAGCAGGGAUAUGGGUGACUCCAAUGGCGAUGGCAAAACUGGGCUGGAGCAGGACGAGCAGCCACUGAACCUGAGUGACAGCCCCCUCUCCGCUCAGCUGACUUCGGAAUACAGAAUAGAUGAUCAUAGCAGUAAUGGAAAAAACAAAUAUAAGAAUCUUCUGAUUUCUGACCUCAAGAUGGAACAAGAGACGAGAGAAAAUGGAAGCAAGUCUCCCGCACACAGCUACUCAAGCUACGACUCUGGCAAAAAUGAGAGUGUAGACCGAGGUGCCGAGGACCUGUCUCUAAACAGGGGCGAUGAGGAUGAAGACGACCACGAUGACCACGACGAUUCUGAGAAAGUUAACGAGACUGAUGGCGUUGAGGCAGAGCGGCUGAAAGCUUUCAAUAUGUUUGUCAGGCUGUUUGUAGAUGAAAACUUGGACCGAAUGGUCCCAAUCUCUAAGCAGCCCAAAGAAAAGAUCCAGGCUAUCAUUGACUCAUGCAGGCGACAGUUCCCUGAGUAUCAAGAGCGUGCCAGAAAACGUAUACGUACUUACCUCAAGUCCUGCAGGCGGAUGAAAAGAAGUGGUUUUGAGAUGUCUCGACCUAUUCCUUCCCACCUGACUUCAGCAGUUGCAGAGAGUAUCUUGGCUUCAGCCUGUGAGAGUGAGAGCAGAAAUGCCGCCAAGAGGAUGCGCCUGGACAGACAACAGGACGAAUCUACCCCAGCUGACAAACAGUGUAAACCAGAGGCGGCCCAGGCCACUUACUCAACCUCAGCUGUUUCAGGCUCCCAGGAGGUGUUGUACAUCAACGGCAAUGGGACCUACAGUUACCAUAGUUACAGAGGUCUAGGAGGGGGACUGCUUAAUCUGAAUGAUGCUUCCAGUAGUGGACCCACCGAUCUCAGCAUGAAGAGGCAGUUGGCGACUAGCUCAGGAUCCUCCAGCAGUUCAAGCUCCAGACCCCAGCUGAGUCCAACCGAAAUCAAUGCCGUGAGACAGCUCGUUGCAGGAUAUCGAGAAUCAGCUGCAUUUUUAUUGCGUUCUGCAGAUGAACUGGAAAAUCUUAUUUUACAACAGAACUGA